GUGUAAUACUUCCUUACUUGCAUACAAUAAUAGUAAUAAAUAUUAUCGGUGUUCAUUCGCCUCUCUGAUAGACGUCGCGCACACACGACCACCAACGAAAGCAGAGAGCUCGAGAGGGUGCAAUUUUUUGUGUCUUCUGGUUUUGGUCGGUUCAAGCUCCCCAGUGAGUUGUCGUUAUCGAUUCGACUUCCGCAUAAACAAGGGAAACACACACACACGCAGCCUACGCCCCUACAUUCGACAUGGCUGGUAAACGGGAUCGCAGCCCGUCGGACUCCGGCAAGGUCAAAGCAGGUGAGAAGGCGGCCAAACCGCCGAAGCGCCCCUCACCUGUCAAGAAGAUCUCCAACGGCUCGCUGGGGAAGAUGGAGCGAUCUGCCGAGGCGCUGCUGAGCCUCAACACGAAGAAGACGGAGGAGGAAAUCUGGGCCGAUGUCACAACUUUUCAGCGCAGAACAACCGACUCCGAUUUCGACCCGCAGCAGAUGUUCAAAAUCAUCACCUGGAACGUUGCGGGGUUGCGCGGGAUGCUUAAGAAAGACGACGCUGCCUUGAAGGACUUCCUCGCCGCGGAGCAACCGGAUAUUCUGUGUUUGCAGGAGACGAAGCUGAACGUUGAUGACGCGGCUGGCAACGCGAAGCUGGGCGUGGUGGACGGCUACGCCUUCGUGGAUCACCCGUGUGCGUAUAAGAAAGGGUACUCCGGCACGCGCACCUACAUGCGGACGCACUCGAUGGUCGAGCAGCUGCACGCGCGGUGCACCCGCGGCUUCACCUUGCCAUCUGACAAUGCGUCAGUGGCGUUGAGUGCGCCGCUAGUGGAGGGCACCGGCGAUGAAGAGGGUCGCAUUUUGACGACAUUCCUGUCUCCUGAAAGUUCUACUUCUACUCCUCCCUCUUCUUCGUCCGUGGCGGCGCCGCGACUUGCCGUUGUGAACACCUACGUGCCGAACAGCGGCAUGACGCUGGACCGCCUGCCGCUCCGCGUUCAGUCCUUCGACCCGCUGAUGCGCGAAUACCUGAAGAAGCUGGAUGACUGGAGUAGCACGAGUGGCAAGUCCGGCGGCAGUAAGAGUGCUGCUGCUGCUGCCGCUCCCAACACAACACCACCGCCGCACGGGUUUAUUUGGACUGGUGACUUGAACGUAGCGGAGCGCGACUACGACCGGUACUACGCCGGCACCUUCAAGACAAUGCAGGAGUGCAGCGGCUUCACCCCAGAGGAGCGGAACUCUUUUCGCCAGACCGUGGCCACCACCGACGCGGUGGAUGUGUUCCGCUCCCUCUACCCGAACGCCGCGCCGGCGUACACGUUCUGGUCUAUGCGGAUCAACGGACGCGCGAAGGGGCUGGGGUGGCGGUUGGAUUACUUUGUGGUCUCGUCGCGGCUGAUGCCGUUCGUGGUGGACUGCUUUCCGAUGCCCAAUGUGACGAAGAGCGACCACUGCCCCGUGCAGCUGUGGAUGCGGAAGCCGUGA